CACACCGUUCGGCGCAGUGCUUCAAAAUGCAGAGACCGGCGUGCGCGAUCCGCGAGUGCGUUUAAAAAGGUGUCGGAGCCAGGUGCGUGCGCGGAGCAGGAUCUUCGGGAUCGCCACCGUCAACGACGCUGUCCCAUCGCGCUUUGGGGUGGUGGCGGCGGUCAGGUGGUGGAAAGGUGGUGGAUAGGUGGUGGUGGCUGGCUGGAUUGCGCACACGCGCGGGAUUUCCCGGGGAACCGGGUCUUUCCGGGUCUCCGACACGGUUUUCCCUCGUACGGCUCACUCCGGCGUCCGACGUGCGACACGGCAACAGGUGAGAGACGGGACCGACUCUUCGCGGAAGAUCCUCGAAACGACCAGAAGGAUCAGAGAGGGAGAUAGAGUGUGUGACACACUGGUGACGGUGACGCGGCGAUCCACGCGUCUCGAUCCGAUCCACGCGCGUCCACGUUGCGAGAAAUCCAGCGACGGAUCUACUAUCGGAGAGGGCGAGGCUAGUUUUGCCGCUGGACAGACGAAUUGGGGGAGAAGAUCCGUUUCCCGGGGGACCGGAAUCGUCGAGGGAAAAUGAGCGUCGAGGACGCCAUCAACUAUAAGCCCAGCGAGGAGGAGGAUUACUAUGCUCUCCUCUCCUGCGACGAGAACUCUACGGUGGAACAGAUCACGACCGAGUACAAGGUUCUCGCCCUUCAGUACCACCCGGACAAGAACGAAGGCGACAAGGAAGCCGAGCGGAAGUUCCAGCAACUGAAGCACGCGAAAGAGGUUCUCUGCGACCCUGAGAAAAGAAGCAACUACGACAAAUGGAGGCGUAGCGGGAUCGCUAUCAGCUACAAGCAGUGGCUCGGAAUGAAGGAGCACGUUCACCAAUCGAUGCACUGGAGCACACCGAAGACGAAGGAUCGCAUGCUGCAGGACGCGUCGGGCGAGGCGGCCGGUUCCCCAGGGCAGACCAAGGUGCUCCCGCCGAACGCCCAUAGGAGAGCAUCGGAAGGUGGCGCGAAUAUUUAUUACGGGGCCCGUCGCGAUCACGGAUGGGACUGCGACGCGCCCAGCGAGGUGGUCAACAAGUUCCGCAACUACGAGAUCUAAGGGGCCGAGGGAUUUCCACGAGGGAGCCCGUUGUCGCCAGGACCAACAAUACACUUACUUGCGUGUCUACCUUUCAGCUAUACGGAAUGGAAACAACCAACACGGAGAGAAGGCGAACAGCAUCCAACACGUAACACACUCUAACAGCUCGAUACAUGAAUUUCACGUUCGUCAUUGUCCAACCGAGGGAUGAGGUGAACGGGGUCCUGGAAUCGGUGGGUCCUAGCCGAUGAAGCCGAAGAAUCUUUUUGCAAUUUGUUUGUUUCGCUCGCGAGCUGAUCGGAGGAUCAACCUGGAGGAUCAUGAUUGAUGCUGCGGAAAACGACGACGAACUGUAAACAGCCUCGAUCGUUUUGCUAUUAUUUCACGUUCGCUUGCUCGGAGACGAAGGUUCAUCGCCGACCUAUGGUUUCGUCGUUUGGUUUCGCGAACGUUCGUUGCGACUAUACACAUCAUUUCGGACAGAUUAAAGAAGAGAGGAAGCACGAAGACGUGGGGAUUCGCAGAUUGCUCGUAAAUGGAAUCCUCCGCGAUUUCGCUGCAUCGCUUUUUGUUGACGAUCCGCCGGGGACGAAAGAUGGAGCCGUAAUUUCGUUCCCAUUUGUCAGUUAGCCGAGCAUAAUUGUUCCGGGAGCAGCUAUCGAAGUUCCCGGAUGACUUUGUAACCUUGUUUUCGUUUCCGAAGUGACUGGAGGCCGAGGUUAUUAAGCAUCUUCCGAAAGUUCCGGAAGAAGAGUCCGCAUGAUUUUGUGAUUCUGUUCACGCUGGCGAAGCCGACGGGGUCCGAUGGUAUAAUGAUGCCAAGGUACUCCGAGGAUUUUUCACGUUUCAUUUCGUCGUCGACCACUGUACCUGAAGAACCGACAGCGUUCUCGCGCGGUGAAAAGAAACCGUAGGACGUCGGUGGACCGAAGUUUCGACGCAGCGGGAAAAGAUACUAUUGUUCCGGGAAGAAUCGAGUAUUGUUACGGAGGAAGUCGCGGAAUCGAAGGUCCACGGGGGUGAGUUUAUAAUCUUGUUUUCAUUUGCUGGGAGAAUGGAAACUGGCGUUGGACGAGGGCGAAGAAAAGGGAACCGAAAGGGGACACGAUGUAAUUUGAUUAUCGUCGACGCUGGAAGAGGAGAGGCGCGAAAUGAGAAGUUCUUAUUUUAACACGGUACAAAAUGCGAUUGAAAAGAGCAGGCGGAAAUUGAAUAGGUAUUUUAAGUGUACAAAGCGGAGAGAGAAAGAACGGGAUCUUCUGAACUUCGUUAUUCGCGUCGUAGCGAGGAAUGUUGAAUAACGCGCGUUGAACGAAGAUAACGGACAGAUAAUGAAGGAUCUUUCGAACCUAAUUGAAAUUCGCAAGGGGAGUAUCGUUCAACUGUAACACGCAUUGAAAAGGGGGAAAAAACGAUCUUCCGCGGUUAAUUGCAUUCGCGGUUAGAACGAAGAAAAAGAGGGCGAUACAAUUUAAUCAUUGCGAAUCUUAUUAUCUACACUGAAUAACGAGAGAGAAGAUGAUCAGGAGAGAGAAAGAGAGAAAGAGAGAGAGAAGGGGGGGAGAGAGGAUAUAAUUAUGAGAGAAGAAAGAAUGAUGAGACAAAGGAGGCAGCCUUAAUGAUCCGCAUCAGAGUGGAAGAAAAAUGGAGCGGGCAAGAAGAUGACGGUGGAAUUUAAUUAUCAUAGACAAUGAAGUGAGACGAGGAGGAAGAGGCGGGGGCGGUUUUAAUCCAAACGUCGUGCAUCGAGGAAAGGGGAACGGCCAGAUAAGCAGGACGGUCUAAUUUUGUUAUCGAUCCUGAUUUCGAGGUCCUUUUUUUAGAGGCGUUCGAUCGAUCUCGAAGACUCGAAGCUUUCUGUUCUCUGGAGGAUCAGCGGGAGGACAGGGCGCGCGAGCGCUGUGUUCCAGCUUUCGAUUUUUAAUUAUCGACGCGUUGUUGCGCUCAGCCAUGACGACGCGACGGGGACAGACUCAAAGGCUCGCCGGCCAGAGAUGGAAGUUCUACGAUCGGUUGGACGGUGGUAUUGAUGUCAUGAUGUCGUGUCGAGCAGUGCUGGAUUUCCACGAUUCCACGGAGGGAUCCGAAAACGUAAGGGAAUAAAUAGUUGUUUCUACUUGUACGUUACUCGCGACGGAACGCGCUCGAGUGGCCCGCGAUCAUGCUCCUUUAACGAGAUUUCGAAGUAACGCCCGUGGAAAUUGCACGUAAUUAGUUUCGUUCGCUUCGCUGCACGGUUGCGAAAUGUUAGAAGGUUACUCGAAUUCCCGACUGUGUACCAUCGUUGAUUGCUUUUGUCAAUAUUAGCUGAUUUAGAAAUAUUUCGAGCGUUGGAAGUUCAAUAAAAAGACGAGAUUGCGUGGAUUCCAAUAAGAUGUAAGCACGGUUCGCAAUUUUCUUUGCUCGCUUCGAAUCAAUCUGUGCAGACUAACGCUUUGAGGUUCGGAAAUAUUAAUAAACGGACUGCGGAUUUUAUGCGUAUAUAUGACGAAAAUGAAUAGAUGAAAUCGAAAACAGUGAGAACAUUUGAUCAAUUUAAAGAUUAACCAAUGGCAUUGCGUUCGACGCAUUAAACAUAUCGAGAAAGGAAACAAGUGUUUGCUAAGCUCCUGCGUCAUGCAGUCGAUGCAGACGAUUCUUAUUUGGCAUAACGAUCCACGGUCUGUAUUAAUAAACAAACGUCCAGACAUUGUGCAACAGUUACGCCGCUUAGUUUACUCGAUGCGAGUUUCAUCUUUGAUUCAUCGCGGUUUCCCUUCGACAGACUAUUUCGUGACGUUGCUUCGCUGUGUAGAAUUGAUUUCAUAGAUAAAAUAAAAUCCGCUCCAGAGGUAUUCCGCAAAAUAACAGAAUGAAUCGAUUCGAGCGCUUCGAUGAGACGAAGCGACGCGAUUCGCGAGGUUCGAAGCGUAACGGCACUCGAGCGGUUUCCCGCGACGUCGAGUAACUAGAAGAAAAUAAAAAAAAAAAAACUAAUAAAACGUAACUCGUUGUUCUAAACAUUGAGUGCUCCUCGGUGGAGACCUUAAUCAGUUUUGCGAGCUUGAAAACCGCGUCCCGACGGCGCACGUCCGCCGCGGCGAAGAUUUUUCCGGGCGAAGGGAAAUUGUUUAAGCGUUCGUAUGCCACUGUCGAGCAAAUCGAUGACGGCGCACUUGUACCUGUGUCAAACGCAAAAUGUAUAUCGUUUUUUCUCUCGACGACACUUGAAUGUUUCGGAGAGUCCAAACACUACCCCCAUAGAUCUCGCGCUCACCACCCCCUCUAAAUCCCGCGUAUUUCAACCCCCUCGCCGGAGAACCGGUCGCGGAAGAACGAUAUUUCGUCCUGGCAAACUGUCCGUCGGACUUUAUCGAUAUUCAUCUAUCGCGUUUAUUUUCGAAACGGGAUUGGAAGCUGGCCGGAAUGACGCACGCGAGUAGAUUGUUCGAAGAACGGCGGAUUAAAAAAUAUAUGCCGCUUGUACUCCGCUUUCCGGAGUUUUCUGAAACUUUCGAUUUACACGUUCGCUUUGACGUACUCUCGUCAACGUUACGCUUUGUUUUCUGGAAUUAUUGACGCGAUGUAAUUUUAAUUGGAGAUUCCCGUCGCGGUUAAAUCGAUUUACAGACGAAAAAUUCACGUCUGUACACUCCUGUUUGUACGAUUCAAUACGGUAAAGAAUGCAGACAAUGGAACAUGCGCACCUGGUUAUUAGGCUGUUAGUGUAACGUGAGCUGCGUCAGUUACGAUUGAAUUGGCGCGAUCAAUUCGACUAUUUCAUUCGAUGCAUCAUGUUUAGCUAGCUUAGAGCCAGCCAAUUAAAUUGGUGCUUACUAAUUCAGAUUUUGCUGCACUGAAAAAUUGGGUCGAAUAAUUCCAAAAAUGAUCCUCAAUAAUUCAAACAAAAAUCGUGAGGAUUUUAUUGCAGACUUUAGGUAAAAUGCACAUUUUUUGUUACGUUUAUUCUGCAUCAAUUCAAAGUAUAUUUGUUCAUGUAAUCACGGUAACUUACGCACUUCUCAAAGAGGUUGAAACAGUUAACUAGUCAAUUGAAAGUGUUACAAAUGUUCUCUGAUCGUUCCGGCACCAAUUUGUACAUCAUUGUUCAAAUUUACGUCGGAAAUAAACAAAACCGUGAUUUUAAAUCUAUGACCGCUGGUGUAUUUUCGCGGGUCAGGCGAACGUGUUAAUUCGACGGUGAAUCGAUACAAAGGGAAAAGAGUCGAAGCGAAAAUGGGGUUCGAGAGGCAUCGCUAAGAGCUUCCGUCGACAAUACCGAAAUAUUCGGUUCGACCGCAGCUUUUCAAUAGAUCGAAAAUACGAGCACUCAAUUUAUCAAUUUCGCCAUUGAAAGCCACUCGACGGCUCUGAAUAGACUCGAAAUUUUCCGCGUGACGCUCGAUUUCUGACGACCAACAAAUCGACAUAUCGCCCCCCCUCCCCUCCCCUUCCAAGUGAAACACAGCGAUUUACAAUGGUCGGCCUCCUGUGUAUCGUCUCUCGGCGAAGGGGUUGUGACAAGCUCGACUUCUUUUUCACCGUCAUUCAUCAUCUCGAUAGCACACCCUCUCACGACAGCGAGUUACAUCAUCCGCGAGUUGUUUUCGCGGCGUGGCAAACAUUCAUUCGAUGGAUCGUUUCUUUCUACUUCUCGUUUCAUUCUCGCGCGAACAAUCGUGAUCAGUGGGCUGCGAAUUUUCUGCCUUUGUGGCGACCAUUGCCGAAGCUAGGCCUCGAUGACACCGAAAUGUUUCGGGCGACUUCGCUCGGGAUCACCAACGUUUCGUUCCCAUUUUAUAACGCGGCAACAAUUUUGUCGGGCACGACAAUAUCUGGCCGGCAUUUUAUCAUUUAUUACAGUCUCGUUUAACGUCCUUCGCAUCGUUUGAUCGACCUCAUGCAUUCGCGAAUAUUUGCCGAAAUGCAAAGCUGUGACGGCACUGGAAGAAUUCAGGGCGAAGUAUCGUCGUUGAGUUCUCGUUGCGUUUAAACGACUCGAAACAUUUUUAUUUCGUCGCGUAGAGAUAAAAAAAAAUGCAGAAGAUUCGCAGACCAGUGGCAAGAAGAGAAACAUUUUUCUAAUCGAUAUCCUUUGACACUUCUGUUCGGCCAUAAUUAAGAAACCCGGCCGUAGGUAGCCAAUGAUCGACACCCCGAAAAUAGCAACAGUCGACUCGUCUGUAUCGAUGUGACCUUUCGAUAUUACAUUCUAAUAAGGCUCGAUGGUACGGCUUAACGGGAAAAAAAAUCUCGUCUCUCGCGUAUCAUUCGUUCUACGAUGUACCAUGGUUACCAUGAAUCUAGGACGGCCUGUGUGUUUUACUCUUGCGAAGAAUUUCCAUUUGUUCGCUUGGCAGAGAGAAUCGGAGCACUUAAUCCUUUAUACUUCGCUGUAACUUUGAAGUCGCAUGCUGGUUUAUUGUCAAUGUUCUUGUAUUCCAUUGAAUUUUUAGCCAUAACAUCCGUGGCUUGUCCUAUAGUUUCGCCUUCAUAAUCAAGAAAAUUAUGCAUCAUAAUUUUACUAUGUCCAUCGGUGUAAAUGAAUGUUUUCUAAACAUUGUAAAUUUUGAAGAUUUCAUUCGAGAUUUAAUUCGACCGAUCCGUUUUACAUUUGUUAACGACAACAGCGAUGAAAUUGAUCUAUUUGCGGUAAAUGUUACUAGAUUUAAAACAAGCCUUUACAAACUGUUCAUCCUUCGCCAUAAGUUACGCUUCGUAUUCGUCAUUGUAAAAAUGGGUGUUUAACCGAAUAUACGUAAAUCGAUCGAUCAGAUCAAAUUGAAA